CGUUGUCUUUGGCCACAGUUCCGCCUUAAAUUGAGUGCUGAAGGCAAUAGCAGUAUUGUGUCGGGGCGAGCAGGAUUCAGAGCGCUUGAAAGUUCCAGCUACAGCAAACAGAAUGCCGAAUUUGGGUGGUGGAAAUAAAUGUGGUGUCUGCCAGAAGGCUGUUUACUUUGCUGAGGAGGUCCAGUGUGAUGGAAGAUACUUUCACAAGUCCUGUUUCCGAUGCAUGGCUUGUAAGAAGAACCUUGACAGCACUACACUAACUGUGCACGCAGAUGAAAUCUAUUGCAAAGCCUGCUAUGGAAAAAAGUAUGGACCUAAAGGAUAUGGUUAUGGCCAGGGUGCAGGGACUCUGAGCAUGGACACUGGAGCAAGUGUGGGAAUAAAGCCUGUGCAAGCUACACCUCAUUGCCCCACCACUAAUGUCAAUGAAUCCAAGUUUGCUCAGAAGUUUGGCAGUUCAGAAAAGUGCCCUAGAUGUGGACAAUCGGUUUAUGCUGCUGAGAAAAUUAUUGGAGCUGGCAAGGCUUGGCACAAACUCUGCUUCCGCUGUGCAAAAUGUGGUAAGGGUCUGGAGUCUACAACUUUGGCUGACAAGGAUGGUGAGAUUUAUUGCAAAGCUUGCUACAGCAAAAACUUUGGACCCAAGGGAUUUGGCUUUGGCCAAGGAGCUGGAGCACUUGCCAAUACCCAGUAAAGUAUGGUGAAAAGUCUGAAUCUGAAGCAAACAACACUUGGAUAUCUAUCUAUGUAAACUGUAGCUACAACGGCUCUCUUACAUUUUGUUCCAUUUAAUAAUACAUCAAGUUAGCCACUGCUUAUAAACUGCAUUUUCCUGGAGUUUCUACAUGGCUUGCCACACUGCUUAAUGUCCAUUUUAACAUCAGAAUAGUUAUCCUAUUUCCAAUGACUAGUGUUCUAAGAACACAGUGAGAAUGAAUGAAGGCUGAUUGACCUGUGUUCUUUAGUCCAAAAAUUUAAUUCUAGUGCAUUGAAUUCAAUGGUGAAGAUUAGGUACGUAGACACUUGGCUUUCCAGAUAUUUGGCUUAUAUUUUUUUUGUCUUCCUGUACUCUCUAAAUCCAAACUUAGUCAAAAGAUUUUUAAUUACAAACUGUCUUACUGCAUGUUGUUUGUCAUAGAUCUAAGACACAGCUUUUUUGUUUUUUCAAUCUGACUUUUAAUUGGUGGUUUGUAAGGGUGAGGGAGGUUUGCAUAGCUGAGGUGGAGUUCUAAUGAUUGACACUGCCAUUAGAAACCCCUUCUGAGAAAUGGGAUUAAAGAUAUUGAGGAUUUGUCUGGUGGGUUAUGAACUAAGUCCCAAAAAAAUUUCUGAAUACUUCAGCUACUGGACCUGUCAGGAAUUUGGCAGUAUAUUCCUUGCCUAAUUGUCCCCUCUUGCCCAUCCCUCCAGUUACCCUUUUGCACAGUGCAAAGAGCAUCUUUAUUGAAACUGAAAAGUUGGAAAGGCUUCCACUUUUGAAGCUGCAGUGGAUGACUGUCAACCACCUAGUUUGAGUGGGCCAAUAGGCUGUAGAAUGGAUGAGGCUGUGAUGUUCUGGACAGAGGAAUGAGGACAGCUAUAAAGUGUUGUCUUGAAGUGCUGUGGAGGGAAAUGUAGGCUGUCUGUAUAGGGUAAGCUCCUAACUUGUUUUGUCUUUUAACCUACAAUCUACUUAGCAGUACUAGUCUAGUCAUUGUUUGGAGGAAAUGUGUAAACUUGACAACAGUUGAGUGCUGAGUUUACUUUAAAUUUAGCUACAUAAUAUUGAACAAGUGGAUUUUGCAGAAGACUGAGUAAAUUUUGUCCUUCUGCUUUCAGCUGGUAGUUUAAAGCUCAUGCUAGAAUGAUUGAACAAGUGAAUAGCUGCAAGUGUUUUUCUUUCAGAUGAUUCCUCCCACUGUUCAAAAUUGCAUUCAGUCAAAUAAAUUACUUAAUAUAAGGUAACUGGUAUAAAGUCUGUCCCCAAACAAAUAGUCAGACUUGUUCACAGAAUGCAGCUAACAAUUUUGUAGAUUUCCAGUAGCAUUAAUAGAAAUGGCUAGAAUGUGUAUAUCUUUUGUGCCCUGGAAGAAACAAAUUUUGAUCAUGGUUCUGUUAUAUUUCAAUAGGUGGUUUUUAAUUGUUUUUUUCCAAGCAUAGAAGCAGCAGCCUUUAAACAUCUUGAAGUUUUGAGCCAGUUGGGACCUCUCCUGUAGCAAGCAAAAUCUUUGGUUUAUUUUACAUGUCUCUGGUGUCUUUAGUGCAUGUCUUUUUUUCUUGUUCUUUAGUGCUUAAACACAAAGGACCAACACUUAAGGUUUUUUUGUUAAGCUAAAUUCUCAAGGAAAGACUGUUUUAAUAUUGGAAUUUGUCCAGAAAGGUGUUGACUAAAACUUAACAAUUGAGAAUGUUAGCUCACUAUAUUUCAGUUAACUGAGUAGAAGCAUUGUAAACACUUAACAAUUGUAUUAAGAAGGACUAAUAGAUUAAAUUUAUUUGUCCACUUGCUGCACUGGUGGGGUUUUUAAUGGGGGGGGGGAAGGGGAGAAAGUAAACUAAUGAAGGCCCUCCGCAGCAAAGUUUUUAUGUAAACAUUUACAAAUUCCAUCUGUAGAACUCUAACUUCUCUUUAGCCUUGCAACUUAUUUUUUAGGAUGCACCUGAAUAUGCACAAUCAAGAGGAACACUUGACCACGGCUGAGCUAUUUGAUGUGGGAUCAUGUCCUUGUCUAGGCUUCUGUAUUCUUAAGAACUCAAUUUUUGUGAAUAAACCACUAAUCUGCACUUUCUAUUCUGAUUUAUCAAAUUGCUUUGUAGUGUUAAUCUUAGGUGAUCUGGCAAUCCUGCAUGGUAUCAGUUGAAUUUCCUAAAAAUGGAUAGGAGGCAUCCUGCCAGUUUUUAGGCUGUGCCCAAGUAGAGUUUCUGUCCUGUUACUUAAAUGCAUUGUUUUCACCAGUGCAAAGGGUUUUUGUAACUUAGUUCCUGUGUCAAUUAGACUUCUGAAGGAUGUUUUGUUCCUCUUUAAUCUACUGGCUUCCUAUACUUUAUACACCAUAUUACUGUGCUUUUGUGACAGAUUUGUAAGUGACUUGCAGUCUGUGAUAAUCACAAACUGUUAACCAACUUUCACUGUCUCUUAUCUUCUCCAAAUUAAAUAAAUCAAAUGCUACUUUUA